AUGCGUUUGCUGAUGUGGAUCUUCGUUGCGACUAUAGUCACCUUCUUCUCGAGUGUCCGUGCUACCUCCGCCGCCGCUAACUCGGAUGAGACUCAAUUCGGGCAUCUUCCUUCGAAGGAAUUUGAUACUUCGACCCGUCUACUUUUUGGUGAGAAUGAUGAUACCUCCCAGCGGUUUCUACGAAGCGAUACGACAGCAGAUUUGACGACAUCUACUGACAAUUCGGCUGCGAGAUCUGAGGAGCGAGGGCUUAUCCCGUCCAAGCUUACAAACUUGCUUCGUAACGUGAAAGGUAAGUGGAAUACGAAUGCGUUGGUCGCUAAGGUGAAGGGUAGCUGGGCCAAGUUGAAAGACAGCUGGUUGGAGAAGGCAAUAAAGCACAUGGAGAAGAAGGGAGAAACACCGAACCAGGCGUAUGACCGUUUGACGAAAAAAGGGCAUCUCACGAAAAGCGAAGAGAUGCUGCUCAAAGCAUACUUACCCAGGUUCAAGGCCAACAACCCAGAAUUUAAACCCCAAAACGAGCUUUCAAAGUUACUUCAGUAG